UCAGGGUCAAAAGCCGCAGUCGACGAUGCCGCUGGCUUUAGAUGUAGGCGAGGACAAAGAAGCGCCCAAUGUUCGAUACACCUGCCUGCUUCUUCACAUAGCUGACGCACGCUACGUAGGGAUAUAGUCCAUGCGUGCCUGGAGAAUGACUGCGCUUGCUCGAGUGAUAUCUCCCAACAGCGACGGCUCGUCAAGAGCGAGGAGACGAUGAGGGUAAUAGGGAGCGUACCGGCGUUACUGCUGCUCGUGCUACAGUAUACGCCAGUGACUCUUGCAGCUCGGGUACGCGACUACGAUGCGCACGACUACUACGCUGUACACCUCCGGCAAGGUGUGCAACCGGAGGAAGUGUCUUCACAUCUAGGCUUGCAGUACGAUGGCCCGCUCGGCGAGCUGGAGGACCACCACUUUUUCCGGGCAGACAUACGACAACACGAUCACGACCACAUACAGAGCGCUCUCGACGAUUUACGACGAAGGAGACGGAAACGAGAAGUCGGUGCAGGCGAACCACACACCCUGGACCACAUCCUUCUCUCCCAAAAGCAGCAACUCCACACCCGCUUUCCCCUCGUCAAGCGUGCAGUCCUACCCCUACGAGCUAUCGACAUGCCCGUAGACUGGGCUGUGGCGAAGAACAAGGAGAUUGCAGAAAGUCUCGGCAUCAGUGACCCUAUCUUCCAAGAACAAUGGCAUCUGUAUAAUCAUGUACAAAUCGGGCACGACAUCAACGUCACCGGCGUGUGGCAGCAAGGCGUUACCGGCAAGAACAGUACGGUGUGUAUAGUAGAUGAUGGGUUAGAUAUGGACAGUGAAGAUCUAAAGGACAAUUACUUUGCGGAGGGGAGUUAUGAUUUUAAUGAUCAGGUGGAGGAUCCGAGGCCGAGGUUGAGCGACGAUCAUCAUGGCACGAGGUGUGCGGGUGAGAUUGCGGCGGUGCGAAAUGAUGUUUGCGGUGUUGGGAUUGCGUAUGAUGGCAAAGUGUCUGGAGUCCGGAUUCUGUCAAAGGUGAUCAGCGACGCGGACGAGGCCAUUGCGAUGAACUACGCCUACCAAGACAACCAGAUCUACUCAUGCUCGUGGGGACCUCCGGAUGAUGGCCAGAGUAUGGAAGCACCCGGCAUCAUCAUCCGUCGCGCCAUGGUGAACGGCGUGCAGAAUGGCAGAGGUGGGCUGGGCUCAAUCUACGUCUUCGCCAUCGGUAACGGCGCUUCCAAUGACGACAACUGCAACUUCGACGGGUAUACGAACAGCAUCUACUCCGUUAGCGUAGGUGGGAUCGACCGCAAAGGACUGCAUCCGUACUACAGCGAGAAAUGCUCCGCGCAGUUGGUGGUAACAUACUCUUCCGGCUCCGGCGACGCAAUCCAUACGACGGACGUAGGAGAGAGGAGCUGCUACACCAAUCACGGCGGCACAUCCGCUGCUGGUCCGCUUGUCGCUGGCAUCUACGCGCUGAUGCUCGAAGUCAACCCGGCAUUGACGUGGCGAGAUAUCCAAUGGCUGACCGUGCUUACGGCUGUGAAGCUGGACCAAGACAGCGACUGGGCGAUGAACAAAGCUGUCGGCAAGGAGUUCUCGCAUCAAUUCGGCUACGGUAAAGCAGAUGCUUGGGCACUGGUCGAGAGGGCGCGGACUUGGGAGAACGUGAAGCCGCAGGCUUGGUUCUUCAGCCCGUGGAUGCACGUGAAGCAUCCCAUCCCGCAAGGCGAUCAAGGGCUUACGAGUACUUUCACCGUGACGACGGAUAUGCUCAAGGAGGCGAAUCUGGACCGUUUGGAGCAUGUGACCGUGACGAUGAAUGUCGACCACACGCGCCGAGGCGACCUUAGUGUGGAGCUGCGAAGUCCGAGUGGCAUGACAAGCCAUAUCGCGACGGCGAGACGCAAUGAUGGAUCGAAUGCGGGAUAUGUGGACUGGACGUUCAUGUCUGUCGCUCACUGGGCCGAGAACGGGGUCGGAGAGUGGACAGUCGUGGUCAAGGACACGAAUGAAAACGAACAUACUGGGAACUGGACCGAUUGGAGACUGAAGUUGUACGGCGAGUGCAAGGACGCCAGCAAGCAGGACCUCCUCCCACUACCAACGGACCAUGACGACGACGAUCAUAAUGACGAAGAAGUGCAUGUACCACCAGUAGGCACGACGAGCGUGGCUGUCCCGACCGAGACGGAACCGCCGGUCGUCCCAUCCGAUCUACCCAGCAGGCCAGUCAACAGCAAGACCUCCACCACGCCAACCAUCACCGCCACCGCCACCGAGCCCACGCCAACAGGUGACGAUAAAGUCGAAGAACCAACCGAAACCGCCACUCCCUCCGCAACCGCCUCAUCCGACCACCUCCUCCCCCACAUCUUCCCCACCUUCGGCGUGACCAAAACCACGCAAGCCUGGAUCUACGGCUCGCUAGCUUUAAUCCUCAUCUUCCUGUCCGGGCUCGGCAUCUACUGGUACCGCAUGCGGCGCCGCAAGGCGUGGAUGUCCGGUGGAGGGGACGAUUAUGGAUUUGAGAUGGUGCCUAAGGAUGAGGACGAUGACCACGAUGGCGGAAGGACUGGGAUGAAUGGGCAUGCGAAGAAGGGAAAUGGCAAUGGGAAGGCGAGAGCGGGGCAAUUGUACGAUGCGUUCGCGCCGGAUGAUAGUGAGCCCGAGGAUGAGGAGUUUGAGGAGGUUGGGCGGGAGAGAUUUGGCAUUGGGGAGGAUGAGGAUGAGGAUGAGGCGUUGGAGAGGUAUAGGGAUCGGGAGCCGUUGAGGGAGGGGACGGAUGUGAGAUAGUGAUGUUGCAUGGAUCUGGAGUGCAUGGCGUGGUGUUGGCGGUGUUCUUGGAGUAUGUCGUUGUCAAUUGACGCUGUAUACAAAAUUCGUUUGCUCUCAAUAUGGACGUCAUUUCCCAGCUCGGAAGCGCGACAAAACGGCGUUCUUGCUGUUGUAUUGGUACAAGCGUUAAAGAAGGAGGUGCUGUAGUGAAUGAGAAUAACUA